ACCAGUCGAACGUGUGGUGUCCAUGCCGCCGUCUCAGAAACCGGCCGGAAAUGUGGUGUCCAUGCCUCCGCCGCCGCCGAAACCAGUUGAACGCGCGGUGUCCAUGCCGCCGUCCCAGAAACCAGUCGGGCGUGUGGCGUCCAUGCCGCCGUCUCCAAAGCCAACCGAGCAGCAUGUGUCCGUGCCGCCGUCUGCAAAACCAGCGGCACAAGUGGCCCCGCCACCGUCUCCCAAACCUUCUGGGUACGAGGCCGUGCCUUCUCCUCCGAAACCAGCACCACAUGCGGCCGUGCCGCCGUCCCCGAAACCAUCGGGUCAUUACACCGUGCCGCCGUCUCCAACACCCGCCGGACAUGUCGCUACCAUGCCGUCGUCGUCUCCGAAACCACCUGUUCAUGCGGUGCCACCAUCUCCAAAGACAAGCACGCAUGUGACGGCCGUGCCGCCGUCGCCAAAGCCAGCCGGCGGGCAUGUGUCCGUGCCGCCGUCUCCAAUGCCAUCCGGCGGGCAUGUGUCCAGGCCGCCGUCUCCAGCACCAUACGGUCAGGUGGUGUCCAUGCCGCCUGCUCCAAAAUCAGCGGCCCAAGUGGCCGUGCUGCCGCCUCCAAAACCAGCCAACUUGCCGGCAGAUCACAACCCCAGCAUGGAGUUCGGGUGGGGGCUGGGCGCCGGCCUGGUCAGCGGCGCGAUCAGCGGGAUGCUGGCCGGCGGCAACAAAGGAGAACCGACGGCGUACGCACCACAAGCCGCUCCACUCGCCCGCAGCCGUCAAGUGUCUGUGUCUAAGACGUACGGCAGAGAUGUUUACACGCACUAAUAAUAACCUUGCUAAGAUCCAAAUAUAGCUUGAUACGAGUGUAUAAACACUUGCACGAUGUACUAGUAAAGAGUGCCGGUUUGGCAUGACUGGGUUUGUAGCUAGUUAUGCUAUAAAUUAAGACAUGGGUACGUCUAUGUAUACUUUGUAAUUUGGAAUAAUUAAGCUUUAUGCUCCUUAUUAAGUUGCAUAUAUUA